AGGUAGGAGGAGCAGCUAGAUUGUUAGAUGAAGCACGCAAGUGGCAGCUGUAUAUAUUGAUGAACCACUACACCCUCGCCACCAGUCAAACAACGCCAAGCGCGCCUCCCGUGAACCCAGCGGCCCGUCAAGUCAAAGCAUGGACGUGCCGCUCCCGCUGCUGCUCGGCUCCGUGGCCGUUUCCCUCGUCGUGUGGUGCCUUCUGCUCCGCCGCGGCGGGGCCGGGAAGGGGAAGCGGCCGCUGCCGCCCGGUCCCCGGGGCUGGCCGGUGCUGGGCAACCUGCCGCAGGUCGGCGCCAAGCCGCACCACACCAUGUGUGCUAUGGCGCGGGAGUACGGCCCGCUGUUCCGGCUCCGGUUCGGCAGCGCCGAGGUGGUGGUGGCCGCGUCGGCGCGGGUGGCGGCCCAGUUCCUGCGCGCCCACGACGCCAACUUCAGCAACCGCCCGCCCAACUCCGGGGCCGAGCACGUGGCGUACAACUACCAGGACCUGGUGUUCGCCCCGUACGGCUCCCGGUGGCGCGCGCUACGGAAGCUGUGCGCGCUCCACCUCUUCUCCGCCAAGGCCCUGGACGACCUGCGCGGCGUCAGAGAGGGCGAGGUAGCGCUCAUGGUGAGGGAGCUCGCCCGGCAGGGAGAGCGAGGACGGGCCGCCGUGGCGCUGGGCCAGGUGGCCAACGUCUGCGCGACCAACACGCUGGCCCGGGCGACCGUGGGCCGGCGCGUGUUCGCCGUCGACGGAGGGGAGGGCGCCAGGGAGUUCAAGGAGAUGGUGGUGGAGCUGAUGCAGCUCGCCGGGGUCUUCAACGUCGGGGACUUCGUGCCGGCGCUCGCGUGGCUCGACCCGCAGGGCGUGGUCGGCAGGAUGAAGCGGCUGCACCGCAGGUACGACGACAUGAUGAACGGGAUCAUCAGGGAGAGGAAGGCCGCCGAGGAAGGCAAGGACCUGCUCAGCGUGCUGCUGGCCAGGAUGCGGGAGCAGCAGCCGCUAGCGGAGGGCGACGACACUAGGUUCAACGAGACUGACAUCAAGGCACUUCUCCUGAACCUCUUCACGGCUGGGACGGACACGACAUCCAGCACGGUGGAGUGGGCGCUGGCCGAGCUGAUCCGGCAUCCGGACGUGCUCAGGAAGGCCCAGCAGGAGCUCGACGCCGUCGUCGGCCGCGACCGCCUCGUCUCCGAGUCGGACCUCCCGCGCCUCACGUACCUCACGGCGGUGAUCAAGGAGACGUUCCGUCUGCACCCGUCCACGCCGCUGUCGCUGCCCCGCGUCGCCGCCGAGGAGUGCGAGGUGGACGGGUUCCGCAUCCCCGCCGGCACCACGCUGCUGGUGAACGUGUGGGCGAUCGCCCGAGACCCGGAGGCGUGGCCCGAGCCUCUCGAGUUCCGGCCCGCCCGCUUCCUCCCGGGCGGCUCGCACGCGGGAGUCGAUGUCAAAGGGAGCGACUUCGAGCUCAUCCCGUUCGGCGCCGGCCGGAGAAUCUGCGCGGGCCUCAGCUGGGGUCUGCGGAUGGUCACGCUCAUGACGGCCACGCUGGUGCACGCCCUGGACUGGGACCUCGCCGACGGCAUGACCGCGGACAAGCUGGACAUGGAGGAGGCCUACGGGCUCACCCUGCAGCGCGCCGUGCCGUUAAUGGUCCGCCCAGCACCCAGACUGCUGCCGUCUGCUUACGCAGAGUAGAAAUCGAUGCUCGCCGGCCAUCCAUGCCGUCCGUAUGCAUGGAUGCAUGGUCAAAUAAAUAAGCGUUGUACGUGGGUAUCAGUGUCACAAACUCACAAUGUGUAUCAUGUAUUGCUUCGUC